AUGACUUCUCUUGUUGCAUACGGAAGUGAUAGUGAGCAAAGUGGAGAAGAAGAGGAUUUCUUCGGAAAACCGACUGCAGAAGGCGAAGAAGAAACGAAGGAAAUAGACGAGAAAGAAGAAAAAACAGAAGCAGAAGAUAAACAAGACGAAAAGCCAUUGUUGUCUUCGUUUUUCUUUUCUGGAGAAGGUGCGGAAGGUUCAAGUGAUUCAGAAGAUGACGAAGAGACAGCUCCGAAGAAGAAACGACGUCAUGGAGAAUCGGUUACAGAAUUGGAUAAAGAAUUCACAAGCUCCAUUUUCGACAAUGAUUAUGCCAGAGAAGAACGAAUGAAUGCGAGCAUGUUGAGUCGACAUGUGGAUCUAUCGGAGAAACCAACCGAAAAAGAACGAAAGAAAUCGAAAUUCACUUGCAAAAAUUAUCUAAAAGGAAAGUGCAGGUUCGGAGAUAAGUGUCGAUUUUCUCACCCAGUGCACAAUCGAUCCUCAGAAGCUGUGAGCGAAGUCACUAUUUCAUCGGAAGCCAAGUUCUACACAACAGAAACUCCAGAGGCACAAGUGUUUCACUCUAAAAAAUUCAAGUCCAGUGCUGGUCAAUAA